CUUUUGCUGUUUUUCACGCUUUCUCCUUCACACCUGCGCCCUCCUCCACCAAACACUACUCACUCCCAAGUACCGCUACCAAACAUCCGCUCCCUCGACUUCCCUUCUCACUCUCUCUACUGACCUUUGGAACCCGUCAUUCCUUCUUGCGAUCGUCCUUCCGUCCCAGCUCUUUCGUCUUAUGCCCGGUACUUUUUCACUCUCAGCCAAAAGAGCUGCAGAUCCAUAUCCACAUCCUAUACAAACGGGCCUUUGUCGCGUCGCAAAUGAGACCUAAUUCCCAACCUCGAGUCCACCGAUUUGCCGAGCAGCUCAAUUGCGCGUAAUAUCCCGUCACACAAUACCCAGCCAACUGUCCUUUUCAUUGUCGUCGUUGAUGCCAUGAAUUCAUUGCCUGUUGCUGGUACACGCAAACCUGAGCUUGGGGCAGCUUGCGCAUGACCAUGAUCCUCGAUAUCCGACGUGGAAUUCCUCGCUGAUGCAAUGGCUACCGCCAUGGUCGCCUCCGAAUCCUCCCUCAGCAGUCGUGUUUCCCUGAUCUCCCUCGACCCGGCGGUCGCUAGUCACAUCACCGGCACUACAAGGACUACCACCGUCCCUUCAGCGUCGCAAUAUGGUUCCAGUCCGAGGAAAAGCACAAAAACACCCGAUACUGACGUCUCCCGCGGUCACAAUAGAAAUAAUUCUGCUCCCAGUGUUUCAGACAAGAAGGGGCCGAUGUCGCUGAGGCGUGUCAAGGAUAGUACAGAGGUCUUGAGACAGCGCUCCACAAGAUCAUCUAAGAAGCCAAAACAGUCGCUUGAGAGUGUCCCCGACAAUGUCCACGGUCGCAAUUUCACCGUUGGCAAUGUGGGAACCGGUGGCAUUCUUUACCUGACGCCAUCAACGCAUCAAACAGGCAUUGCAUCUCCACACUCCGUUGUCUUACCAGCGCAUUUACCAUCGACCGCUCCAGCGGUGCUAAGUAAUGGCGAGCAACGGCCUCCAGUGAACGAAAAGGUGCCAACCACCCGGUCGGUAUCCUCGUCUCAAUCUCAACAGACGACUUCUUCGAAACGGUCCAUUAGACCCUCGCCGAGGUCCAAGGUCUUCACUAGUCACGGCCGGUCACAGUCCUUCUCUACCGUUGAAGAGCAUCGCCAAUCUUUGUUGGCCCCACAGUCGCGGACAUUGAGGAUUGUAAUCAAUCGUCCCGAGACCGCGAGACCAAAGACAGCCCAAGAAUCCACCGAAGAACCGACUUUGGACUUCAGUCCGACUCUCGAAGUUCCUAUUCCACAUUAUCGUAUUGGUACUUUUCGCCUCAGUUCCAAUGGGACCCCAAUGCUGAGGGGAUCGUCAUUCACAAGGGUGUCUAUCACUCCGUCAGAUGCCACCCCUACUCAAGCAAUCAUGCAGGCAGAGGGCUUUUUUACGGCACCUCCACCUGCUAGCCUCAAAGCUUUGGCAAAACUCGAAGCGACAGAGACAAACGUCGAGGACGAGCCAACACCCACCACACCUCCCAUGCCGCUGCUCUCCAAGGCCAUGUCCAUCACCACUUCCAGCUUGCCCAGCAUCGUCCAACCACAAGUAUUUGAUCACUUGACCGAGAUGUAUGAUGACCCCUCUGUUGUCCGCUAUUGCCAGAACGUGAGGGAAAUCACCGCGGCCACCCCUGCUCGGAUCAUUGCUCAAAUCUCCUCGGACUCUUUCAUGGACUAUGAACUAGUCUCCGACUUUUUCCUCACAUUUCGGUCCUAUAUGUCAACUUAUCAAGUGCUUGAUCUUUUGCUGGCAAGAUUAAGGUGGGCCAUUGGUCGCUUGGAAGACGACGGCAGAAUUAUUCGUGUACGCACAUUUGCCGCCCUUCGCCAUUGGGUUCUGAACUAUUUCAUGGAUGACUUUUUUGUUGACCACCGCCUUCGGGUACGUUUCUGUAACGAGGUCAACAAACUGUAUAAUGAUGUUAAGGCGAAUCCAGAGAAUGGGUUUAGCGACCUCAAACUCUUGCGCGACCUGAAGCGGUGCUGGAAUGGCCGUUGCUCUUUAUGCUGGGGGCCGGAGAACUUUGAUCUGGACGGCGAACAGGAAGAAGACAUUCAACCUGGAGGAAUGGCUGAGAUGGACCGUACACCAAGGCCACGAUUCGGCGUUCAGGUUGCCCAAGAACAGUAUGACCCCCCUCAUACCGCAGUCCUUCGGGGGCCGCAACAAAGUUGGUUCGAAGCAGAUACUGCUAUCAGACCGAGCCAUGAUCGUCAGCCUUCGGCCAAUUCUGGUCUCCUGAGCGACGGCAGCGUCCAAGCAACUUCUUGCUUCGUUCCCAAGCACCUUCUGCGCCCUGGUGGCAGUGGGGGUGAAAGCCAAUCAAAAGCUCCUCAUCCAGUCUCUGUUCAACUGAGGCGAAAGAAUGCGCCUGCGAACUUGCACGUCGUCACUCAGCCCACACCAGCUCAAAAGGCCAUCGGUCACAGGAGAGGAGCAAGCUCUAUCGAUAGCAACAGAGAGUCUACCCCUCGCAAACUACGACCUGAGCCUUCUGCCCAGAUUGUGGAGGACGGAAGCAUCAUCCGCGGACUUCUUUACAGCCCAAGCACUCCUUUUGUCCAGAUUGUGUCUUCCCACUCCACUCAGUCGCUGGACAGACACGAAAUUGGCCCCUCCCGAGGAGGACCCAGGAGAGAGCAUGGUACACAAUCGGCGACUCCGCCUGUUGCGAGGAACAUCUUUGGUUCUUUACGAAAAGUCCUCGGCAGUAAGCACGGUCAUAUUGACAUGACUCUUCUCACGGUUUCUCAGUCCGCUCAAGAGGUACCGGUACGAGGCCAGACAGCACAUUUGCCUCUCAAUGUGUCAAAAUCUCAUGAUGAGCUACGUAACAAACCGGGAGCGGUCAUGCCUAGAAAGGGCGAAAUGCGCAUUGAUCUCCUCUCGGCUGCGGCAUGCCAAAAUUACGAAACAAGAUUUCCUUCGAAACAUCGGAUCAGUUACGCACCCUUCUUUGCCAUCAACCGUCCUCUUCAGCCUGCUACAUCUGCUGGAGACGAGCAGGAGCCACAGCGGAUGCCAAGCCAUGCCACUCGCCAAAGUGGUUCAAUUUUGAUAGUCGACGACACGGGCCCAGAUUUUCCCUCGAUGUCUGGCGCGCUUCCAGUACCGGAGAAUGACUUCGAUUAUACGGAAGCCGCUCCGUUGCCAAUGCUCAGCGUUCAUGAUUCUACAAUGUUGGACGAUCGAAAAACGAGUUUUGACGCGGUUGCGACGCAAAGGAGCUCAAACGUUCUUCCACAUGAUAUGGAUCUGCCACCAGCACAAGAGAGCAAUGGCAGUUUGGAACGAAUCACAACAGACCCAAUCGAGCCGGAUGACAUAUUCGAGGCCCAGGCUCAGAGCUCGGCUGCGAUCGAAAGAGCACAUUCUCCUACAACGGCCAGCUCUAGAACUGUACGGGAAGACAUCAAGCCAGUCGAUACUCCCAUCGCUGCCGAUCUGGUCGUCGAGCCUGAAGAAACUCCUGUCGCAGAAAACAUGCAGGAUGGAGAUGUCAAUCCUUAUCAGUCGGAUUCGGAGGUCAGAUUGCCACCGCAGACUCUUAGACGAAGGCCAGGUGGAGACUUGCGUCGGGUUGAAAAUGUGCAAGACUUGGAUCAUACAUUUCAUCAUGCUUCGCUGGAUACGGCCAGUGCAGUGUCUGAAUCACCUCAUGAGUCGUUACUUAUCAUGAAAACAGGCACUGUCCAACGUGUUCCUGCUGCGGAAGGCCCACCGCCCAACAAGCCUAUUUCUCUCAUCAAUACACAUUCGUCACAACACCUGCGGCCUUCUUUUGAGGCAGCUGUUGCCGGUUUCUCUGCCAUUCCCGACGACGAAGAUGGCGGACUCGAGGCAACCUUAAUGAAACUUGAGGGCCGAUACGAGAAGAGAUCACCACCCAUGGAACAGCAUCCUCUGGAUACUGUCACGAGGCGGCGAUCACUUCCAGAGCUGAGUCGGAUGUCUCAGCCAGAACCUGACAAUUCCGUACAGGCAUCCAUUCAUUCUGUGCACCCGCCAGUGCCGGCUCCUGCUCUAUCCAGCAAUGUUCGUACAACAGUUGAUGAAGUCGCCUCGGAACACUCGGCUGACGAACCCCUUACCCCAGAGCCCCUGGUGGUGGAAAUGAAGCCAACUUCCUCUCGUCGAUCUUCCAUCUAUGGACUUCCAACGGAAAGUGUCGCCGAUUCUGAUGAGUCUUAUGGAUCUCUGCCAUUGUUGAAACGCGAUGCAGGCCAUGAAAGCACAGCUGAACCUCUGCCUAUUAAACCAGCCGCAGAUUUGCCUAUGAUUGCGCCGGGUUAUUUUCCGCAGGACCCCCCUCAGCUAUUUCACCUACCCAAAGGACCUCCGCCAAGUGGAAACAAGCAUAGAGUUAGCAUUCCACGACCCGAAACCGCCAACGACAGUACGCGAUCCUUCCUUCUAGAUGAAGAUGAGAACCUCUCGGACCUGUCUUCGGAGAUCUCUGUGGAUAUCAUCAAUUAUUCAGAGGUCGCGGGCCGCUCUAUUUCGCCCAUGCUUGCUGCCCCAGGAACAGCUAUAUCUGGACUGGAGAUACCAGCACACCCAUUGACCUAUGCGUCAGUGGUGAAUUUGCGUAUCCCAACUCCACCAGAGCGAGCCUCUGAUCCCAUCCCACAGAUCAAGACAGCGCAAUUCAAUAUGCCUGCCCACCACAAUCAGCCCGCGGUCAAACAGCAAGACCUAUCAUCUACUCAGCCGCUAGCACGUCUGCCAGCAGGCCCGGCGCAUAUGCCCUUUAUUCUAGCUUGUGAUUCGCAAGUCCUCGCCCAACAAAUGACACUGGUAGAAAAGUCGGCGUUAUCUGAGGUGGAGUGGUCGGAUCUGGUCGAGAUGCGGUGGGAUAACAAGACAGCUGAAGUUUUGGAUUGGGUUGAGUGCGUGUCGAGUGGCAACGUUCGAGGAAUCGAUCUCGUCAGCACGCGCUUCAACCUGGUUGUCAAGUGGACCUUGUCCGAAAUUGUCUUGACACAGGACAUUCAUGAAAGAGCUCGAGUCAUGACCAAAUAUAUCCAUGUUGCUGCACAUGCUCGUCGAUUGCACAACUACGCAACAAUGCUGCAACUCACGCUUGCGCUCACCUCUACCGACUGUACGCGACUCGUGAAGACUUGGGACUUGGUGCCAAGCCCGGACAAGUCGCUAUUGAAGAACAUGGAGGCCCUCGCACAACCUUUACGCAAUUUCCAUGAUCUUAGGAUGGAAAUGGAAUCGUCCGAUCUCAGCGGCGGCUGUAUUCCGUUUCUAGGAUUGUAUAUUCGGGACCUGACAUAUAAUGCACAGAAGCCCUCCCACGUUGCAGGGGCUCACGGGACCGAGUCGUUGAUCAACUUUGAGCGUUACCGGAGCACGGCUAUUAUUGUCAAAGGCCUUCUACGGCUAAUUGAUGCCAGUUCAAGGUACAACUUCGAACCGAUGCAGGGAAUAAUUGAGCGGUGUCUCUGGCUGGCCGCUCUCAGUGACGAUCGAAUACGCAGCGCAAGCAAAACAUUGGAAAACUAAUCGAUGGACAUAUUGGAUAUCAAGAGAAGCAUAAUGGCUGGGUCGGCUUUGGUCUGGAUGAGCUGCCAGUCAGCCGGUGCAGGUUUAUUACCACAAUAUCGAUUUCCAGCAUUUUAGCGACAGUCGUUGUCAGUGUCAAGCUAGCAGGCGUGCCUCUGUUUAUUGAGUUGUCUGGACCUUUUUGCAUUUGGGAAGUCGCUCGAGAUAUUGGAUUGUUAGUCACCGAGCAGGAUAGCUGGACUCUAGCAAGGUGUUGGAGGGAAGCCAUGGGACAAGUAGAAAAGAUGGGCGGAUCAAGUCUGAAGCAAUUCAGCAGUAGGUUGUGUAUCACACGAAUAUAAUUGGGGAACUCACGAGAUGGAUCGACUCGUAUCGUGAGCGACUGGUAUCACCGUAUCUGGAUAUGGCCUAGAUAUUUAUUUAUCUACAGGAAUGUUUGAAACGUCUGAGGUGACGGCGUCGUUUAGG